UGAGGAUUCAAUCUCAUCCUUCUUCGAGCCAUGGGACGCUCCCACGAGCAAUUCGAGCGGCCCAAAAAUCGACACUGCCUGAAUCAUGGGCCAACGUGGAGCUUUGGUCCGGUGGAUCAUCAAGGCUGCGAUAGCUUGAGCACUCACCACAACGAAACGACCUCUCGGGGCUUUCGCAUCCAAAAUGAUUGCCUGCGCUGCGGGUGGUUUGUGUAUUCCUUGCGUGAGUGGCCGCGUUGGGAUGGAGAGCUACACACUGAACAAGGCCGUGCCUUAUAUCGUCAGCGCACCUGGUGCGAAGUGGUGGUGACUAUCAAAGCAUCCUCCAAAGCGCUAGUGGUCCCCUAUACCCUGCUGCUGCUGGGUGACCGGCUUUGGCUUCCGAACCUCGCCGCGCUGCUGGCCUGCUCGUACUUGAUCCCUUGGUGCAUUGAGAAUGCCCAGCUUUUCAAGUCCCUGGCGUCUCCGCCCUGCGCCCCACCCCGCCGCAUCCGCGCCCGCGCGGGUCCCGCGCGCGGUGCAGAGUUCAGCCCGGGCGCCGCGGAUUGCGGAGGGGCGCGGCCAGCAGAGCUGCCGGAGAUUGGGCGAUCGGAGGCCCUGGAGGUGAUGAUGGCGUCCACGCCCGACGUGAUAUUCCUGAACAGCGGGGCAAUUUGCAGUGUUUGCCUCGACGAGUUUUCCGAGGAUGCCGCACGUUUAGUCACUGAGAGUUCCAGUGUGGAGAUAGCCUGCAAGGGCUUGCAAGUGCUUGAUCCCUCGAUCGUCGCUUUGCGCUGUGGCCAUCCGCUGCAUGUCGAGUGCGCAACAGCGGCGGUCAGCGCCAGCAGCUCCCGCCACGUACGCUGCCCACUGUGUCGGCAGCCGGUGACGCUGGCUGGCGAGGCAACUGCGAACAUGUUCAGCUGAAUCUUCAUUUUCUCGGCUGAUGUUUGCAUGCGUUAUGGUUUCCAUCCCAGGGCACUCUGGCAAUGCCAAGGAUUUUGGGAUGUGGACAUCUAUUUCAAUAGGGAGACCCUAUGAGACCCUGC